AUGUCGCUUUCCCACCCGUGGUGGCGCUGCAGCACGGAAGAAGACGCACCUUUUCGUGCGGCGUGCCGUGUGCGAUCGCCACUCUUCCGCGGAGGCAACAGCGGAUCGCAUUAUCACUGCGGCCCCGCCGAGACACGGCUGUACUGGACGGAGAGUGCGCAGGCUUUCAGCGGCGGUAACAGCAGCAGCGGCAGCAGUACUUGCUGCUGCAACAACAACAACAAUAUUGUUCACGGGGCCUCGGGGUCUGGCAGGCAGCCAGCUGCCACGGCAUGGUACAACUUGACGUAUGACUUACCAAAGGCGCCACUGCCGCCGGAGAGUCUUUCGCAGCCGUACAACCUUCCGGACGAUGUUGGCAAAUCAGAUAUAACGCUCACUAACGAGACACCGAUACAGAGUCAUAUAUUUGUACUGGGGCGACACGUAUCGAACAAGGACAGCGUCUCCUCCACUGUGGCAGCCGAAGACGGCAACAGGGAGAAGAAUGAUGCUAGUUAUAGUGGUGGCGGGAUUCGUGACCAGAUGGAGGCGCUGCGCCGACGAAUUGAGGCUGUGGAGGCGCAGCGCUCAACUGAGCCACAGGGGCUUGGUGCGAUUGGGAUAGCGCCACGCAAAAGCGAAGGCAGAGAUGCCGCACCUUCAUCAGGAGCAGCAGCACCAUCCGUAUCGGCUCCACCUGUUCCCUUGUCAGGGGAGGCGCAAGCUCGGCCAGCAAGGGCCGCAACACCGCCACCAACGGCAGCUUCAGUAACACCAACAGAAGGGGUGACAAGAACAGUGGCGUCAGCAACACACAUCUUCGCUCCACCGUCCCCACCUCUAACCACUGGCCAUUCGGAUGGCAUUACACUUGAGCGACUGAUGCGGGCUGUUCGUAGUGCCCGAGAGCGGGCGAAGCAGCAGCAGCAACAGGAGUCCUGA